AUGCUGAAAUUUGCACAAGUAGCAAUAAAGUAUUGGGAAGAAGCAUUGACAGUCAAGAAACCUGGAAGUGGAAAACAACUAGCAAAAAGGUAUUGUGAAAGUGGAUACUAUCGCACAGUUACUGCAAAUAAUUCCAUAGUCUGUUACAAGUCGAAGUGUAAACGCGAUGUUCUGUGCGGAGGGGUGAAAAUUCCAGAUCAGUAUGUAGGGGAAUGUUAUCAAUUAAAAAAUAACCGAUUGCAUAGAUCUUACAGAAAUGGAAGUGGAAUACCAUCUGACGGUUAUGUCCUAUUUGUUGAUGCUAUAAAUACAAUUACCUGUUAUGGUGGUGCAGCAGCAUAUGCAUCAUCAUGCUUAAUGGAUGAGGAAACAGAUAGGCCAAUUCUUGGAUUUAUAAAUGUUUGCCCAGGAAAUAUGGGAGUCCAUUAUCCUGAAGAUAGAAUAUCAAUUGGAGUUUUCCUACAUGAAAUUGGUCAUGCACUUGGAUUUUCAUCAUACAACUUCGCUUUUAUGCGCUUUCCAAAUGGGACACCUCGAACUCCCAGGGACGAAACACGUAAGCCAAAGUACAGAGAUAAAUAUGGACAUUAUAUUCCGAGUAUCAACACUAUCCAAAAGAUCACAAGAAGAUGGAGAAGUGCGGCAGGAUGGUUUACAAAAGACUUUUAUGCUUUCGUUACUCCUAAAAUCCUGAACGCUGCGAAAAAACAUUUCAAUUGUGAACAGUUAGAUGGAGCAGAUUUGGAAAAUCAAUACCAAACUGGACCGAUAGGAUCGCAUUGGGAGGGAAGAACAUAUUCAAGCGAAAUAAUGGCUGGAAGAAUACAAAUUGAUUACUCUGUAUCGCGUGUUACUCUUAGCUUCUUUGAGGAUUCGGGUUGGUACACUGUUGAUUACUCAAAAGCAAUGAAAUGGGAAUAUGGUAGACAAUUAGGAUGUGACUUUAGCAUGAAAAGUUGCCUCGACUAUGCUCAAAUUAGACGACAACACGGCAGGAAAAUUAUCCCAUUCUGUGACACUGUCAAUGAAGCAAGAUGUCGGGAUGCAUUCUCAUAUGGAAGAUGUAUUAUUGUGAGGUAUGGAACCCCAGUUCCUAAAGAAGAUCGGUUCUUCUCCAAAGCCCCAUUUGACACUGAAUAUCCUCCUGAAUAUUUCGGUGGGAAUGAUCCAUUUACAGACUAUUGUCCAACAAUGGCUGUAAGUUGA